CUCAACGGCAUAGGAUACGCAAGUUAAUUCAUAACGAGCCGGCAAUUCCUCAAGGCUCGUCACCUCAAUUCAGCACAACUGAUUCAUUGGAACGUUGAGCAUCGACACGAGUGUAUACCCAUAUUUAAUCGUCAAUUCCGACGUCUUACCGUCACACCGAACCUCUAAUUAUUCUGACACUCUUCGAGGAUGGCUCGGCACUCUGUUCUCGUCGUCGGCGGCGGAGGCAGAGAACACGCUAUUUGCUGGAAAUUGGCUCAAUCCGAUCAGGUGGAUCGGGUUUAUCUAGCGUCAGAGAACCCUGGAGCGACGCAACUGGAUAAAGUGACUUCUGUGCCAUUAAAUGUUAAAAAUAAUAAGGAGAUAGCGGAAUGGAGUAAGAAACAAGGUGUCAGCUUGGUAGUUGUGGGCCCGGAGGAUCCAUUGGCAAAUGGACUAAGCGACGAAUUAAAAGCUGCCGGGGUAAUGUGUUUCGGUCCGCAGAAGGAGGCUGCUAAAAUUGAGGCUGAUAAAAACUGGGCGAAACUUUUUAUGGAUAGGCACAAAAUACCGACGGCAAAAUGGAAAGGAUUUACUGAUGCUGAAGCGGCAAAAGAUUUUGUCAAUCGGUCCGAGUUUCCUGCUCUGGUUGUUAAAGCCUCGGGUCUUGCUGCUGGUAAGGGGGUAGUCGUAGCCUCAACAAAAUCAGAAGCUUGUGAAGCGAUCGAUGAGAUUUUAGUGAAGAAGAAGUUUGGUACUGCCGGGGAAGUUGUCAUAGUUGAAGAAAUUCUAAUAGGAGAAGAAGUCUCCGUAUUAGCCUUCACAGAUGGCAAAACCGUCGUACCUAUGAUGUCUGCGCAGGAUCAUAAGAGGAUAUUCAACAACGAUACUGGCUUGAAUACAGGUGGAAUGGGUGCUUACUGUCCCUGUCCACUUUUGAGUGACGAGGAUGCCAAAAUCAUUGAAUAUAAGGUCUUACAGGCAGCCGUCGAUGGCUUGCGUGCUGAAAAUAUACCGUUUGUUGGAGUACUUUAUGCCGGUUUGAUAUUAACCAAGGAUGGUCCCAAGGUUCUAGAAUUCAAUUGUCGAUUCGGAGACCCUGAAACGCAAGUAAUACUGCCACUACUGAAGUCCGACUUGUUUGUAGCAAUGAAGGCUUGCUGUGAGGGAACCUUAUCGAGCUCUCUAAUCUCUUGGGAAAGAGGCGUUUCUGCUGUUGGUGUUAUCCUAGCGUCGCACGGGUAUCCAGAAACAUCGUCGAAGGGACAAGUUAUUACCGGCGUUGAUAAAGUGUCUUUAAAACCCGAUCACUUCGUAUUUCACAGCGGCACCAAGCUUUCAUCUAAUGGAGAAUUGCUCACCAACGGAGGAAGGGUUUUAAUCACUGUGAGUUUGGCCUCAUCAUUGGCACGAGCAGCUGCCCAAGCCACUGCGGCAGCUGAUGAAAUUUCUUUCGAAGGAAAGCAAUUCAGAACAGACAUUGCACACAAAGGUAUUUCUAGGUCUAUACUGCGUGGCGGCAAGUUGUCGUACAAAAGCAGCGGUGUAGACAUAGAGGCUGGUGAUUCGUUGGUUUCUGCUAUCAAGCCAAUUGUUGCUGCAACCAAGCGAAACGGCGCGUUAGGUUCAAUUGGCGGAUUUGGCGGACUCUUUGACACCAAGGCAGCGGGGUACAAGGACCCACUUCUUGUCUCUGGAACUGACGGCGUUGGAACCAAAUUAAAAAUUGCCAUCACCUGCAAGAAGCACGACACUGUUGGAAUUGAUCUGGUUGCAAUGUGUGUGAACGAUGUAUUGGCUCACGGCGCAGAGCCACUUUUCUUCCUGGAUUACUUUGCCUGCGGUAAAUUGGAUCUUGACACCGCCGCAAAAGUGGUUGCUGGAGUGACAGAAGGUUGUCAAAGAGCUGGAUGCACAUUGGUCGGCGGUGAGACUGCGGAAAUGCCGGACAUGUACGCUGACGGCGAAUACGAUUUAGCCGGAUUUGCUGUUGGCGCGGUAGAGAGGACUGAGUUACUGCCUCGCACAAGUGAUAUUCGCCCUGGCGACCUGGUUUUCGGAUUAUCAUCCAGCGGUGUACACAGCAACGGAUUUAGUCUAGUUAGAAGCGUUCUAAGAUUGGCUGAUAAAACGUAUUCGGACACAGCGCCGUUCUCUGAGAGCGGAAAAACGAUCGGUGAAGAGUUACUGGAGCCAACGAAAAUAUAUGUGAAAGGCGUCAUGCCGGCUUUGAGGUCGGGCUUGAUCAAAGGAUUCGCUCAUAUUACAGGGGGUGGAUUAACCGAAAACAUUCCUAGAGUCUUACCACACGGAACAGGUGUCUCUUUGGACGCGUCAAAGUGGAAUAUUCAACCAAUCUUUGGUUGGCUUGCCGUUAACGGGGGUAUUAGCAGCUCGGAAAUGCUAAGAACGUUUAAUUGCGGCAUCGGCGCAAUUCUCAUCGGCUCUCCAGAGAACAAGGACAAAAUCCUGAGACUCUUAGAAAAUGAGAAGCCCGCAAUUCUCGGAGUUGUCAACUCGCACAAUAGUGGUCAACAACGAGUGGUGGUGAAUAAUUUCGAUGCAGCAAUGGACUCUGGAAUGAGACAACACGUCCCCGCGCUCGUUAAGACGCUGAAAAGGCCUUUAAAAAAGGUUGGCGUUUUGAUAUCUGGUAGCGGUACGAAUCUGCAAGCGCUGAUCGAUGCCACGCUUGAUCCUAUGCAACGAAUAGGUGCCGAAAUUGUUCUAGUCAUAUCAAACAAGUCUGAUGUCGAGGGAUUGAAACGAGCAGAACGAGCUGGAAUCAAAACAAAGGUUUUCAAACAUACCGACUACCCCAGCCGAGAGGCCUUCGAUUCCGACAUGGAUGCCGCGCUACGUGCCGCGAACGUUGACCUCAUAUGCUUGGCUGGAUUUAUGCGCAUUCUAUCUGCAGAAUUUGUCAUACGAUGGAGAGGGGCAAUGCUGAACGUCCACCCGGCUUUGUUGCCCGCCUUCAAAGGCGCCCACGCGCACAGAGACGCACUCGCCGCCGGAGUUCGACUCUCAGGAUGCACCGUCCACUUUGUUGAGGUUGACAUAGACUCUGGAGCGAUAAUAGAACAGGAAGCGGUUCCAGUGCUGCCUGGAGAUACAGUAGAAACUCUUCAAGAACGGGUCAAAGUGGCCGAACACCGUCUAUUCCCGAAAGCUUUGAAGCUUCUUGCUACCGGCCAAAUUGAGCUCGAUAAAAACGGUGCAAUAAAAUGGAAUUAUUAGGGAUUUCUAUGUAGGUGGAAGUCUACUCGUAAAAUUGAAUGAAAUAAAAUUUCAAGUUUCGCGUGAUUGCGUAGGAUGUAAUAGACAUCGCAUUCUUGAGACCGGUAUACGUUGAAAAUACGUAAAUAACUCGGAGUGAGGAAAAUCUCACGAUUGGUUUGUACAGAAUCAACCUUACAUUCCUCUCCUAUCAUAUCGCAUAUUUUUUCUAAAAAACGAUAUUUUCCUGUAAUGUAUUUCGUUACAUUACAUUAUACACUUCAAUCUUUGAA